UAAAUGUCUAUUCGAUUUUUAAUCUGAAAUUCGAUUUAUCGACUCUUGAAGAUCGAUUUUAGUCAAUCGAUUAUUUACUGUCUUAAGAUCGAUCUCAGAUUAACAUUUGUACUCCCUUGACAUAUCGUUGACAACAAUAGAAUCUAAUUGCAGUUUUUACACGGUUUUUAUAACAUGUAACUAGAAAAGUAACAUGUCCCCUUCGCUAUUCUUAUAAUUUAUUAUUCUAACUUUUCAUGAACACAAAUUUUAUUCAUUUUAGUUAGAAUUUCACUUCGUAUUUACAUAAUCUUGCUGGAAAAUUGGUUAAAACUUAUCUCAAAUAAAUAUUGUUUUAAAAUUUUUUUUGAUAAUUAAACAUAUACAUAUUCAUUUAUACAUUUAUAUUUACGAAACGGAUCAAUGAUUAAUUAUCAUCAAGAUGGAUGACGAUAUAUCAAACGAAUCGGAGAGUACAAACAAUUCAAAGGAAUUUUAUAACAAUGCUAUCAAAUAUUGGAAUGAAAUUCCAGCAACAUUAGAUGGAAUGCUAGGUGGUUUUGGAUUUAUUUCUAAUACAGACAUCAAUGGUUCUCAAAAAUUUUUGAAGUCUCUUUUUAAAAUAAAAAAUCCACCAGCUAAAACAUAUGCACUUGAUUGUGGCAGUGGAAUAGGACGAAUAACGAAAGAAUUACUUAUUAAACAUUUCAAAUAUGUAGAUCUCGUUGAACAAAACAGUAAAUUUUUAGACACUGCAAAAAAUUUAUUAAGUGAUUAUUCAACGAGAAUUGGACAGUAUUAUCCGCAGGGUUUACAAGAUUUUAAUCCAGUUUCAAAAAAAUAUGAUAUUAUUUGGUGUCAAUGGGUUUUAGGACAUCUUGAAGAUAACGACUUAAUUCAAUUUUUCAUUAAAUGCAUAAAUGCUCUAUCAGAUAAUGGUAUCUUAAUUGUUAAAGAAAACAUUACAACAAGUGAUACAAUUGAAGUAGAUAGUAAAGAUUCAUCUGUUACCCGAUCUUAUGAAAAUAUCAAGUCUAUAUUUAAAUCUGCUGGUUUAAUUUGUAUAAAAGAACAAAAACAACUUCAUCUUCCACGAGGUUUAUAUCCUGUUUAUAUGUUUGCUCUUCGAUCAGCAGAAAUUCCAAUUGAAAGUUAAAAUAAAAUAUCUUUUUUCAUUCAAAAUAGAAUAAACAUGAUUAAUUAUA